CCCAGAACUUUAUAAAGAAAGAGAAGGGUUUUCUGACCUCUUAGAAUUUUAUGCUAGACGACCAUCAAAGGUAUGUACUGAGAAUCCUUAUCAAAUUUGUUCCUAAGCGGAGCCGUUGAAAAUGAUUUCCAAUGAAAUAAACCUUGAGAGUGAUUUUAUAAGACAAAUCACCUUCUUCCCUCAAGGAAAAUUUAAUAUUCAUGAAUUUUACUGAGACUUUGAAAAACUAGUAUGCUCGAAUCAAUCAGCCUUUUUGGAGAUUUAUAGCAGUUCCGUUAUGAACAAUAUGAGUGGAUUAAGAGGAUCCAGUUGCUCAUAAAGUUUGAUUAUCAUAAGAUGACUUUAUAUAUACUUAUAAAUGAUACUGUGGCCGUUGGAAAGAUUACUUUUCACAACCUGCACAAGAGGCUUGCCCUGCAGAAUCAUUUCUUUAAGUCUCUAGCUUGGAGGGUAAGUCUUAUCAUACCUUGUCUUGGCAUUAACUUCUGUAUAUAUUUUCUAAAACUGUUUAGACUUAUAUUUCUCCUAUUCUAGAAAUCCGUUAGGAUUUGUUAUGAAUUAUGAAAUAUUUGCACGCCUUCCAAAUUUUAAAUUUCAAAAUGGAGUCUUGAUUUGGCAUUGUUUUGGGCAUUUUAGGAUAUUUUAAAGUUUAUGAUGCUCCCCAUGCAGGAAAAUUACUAACAAAUCAGUUAUAUUAUAGCUCUGAAUACUAAUAAUUCAAUAAAAUAAUCU